CCGGCUCGCUCUCUCCCCAGCCUCCUCCUUUUCGGCUUCCCCCUCCUAGCCUCCACCUCCCCUGGACCUCCCCCACCUCUCCCAUGGCCCCUCCCACUCCGCUUCCUUCCCCCAGGCCUUCACCUGCUCCCCACCCCAUAGCUCCCUGUCCCAGACCUCCGUGCCCGGCCUCCCACUCGGUGUUCUCUGGCUCCACCGCCCCUCCCCCGUCUCCCUCCACCUCUCCCUUGGUCUCCACCUGUUCCCCUCCCCCUGGCCUUCCCAGGCCUUCACCUCCCCCUCCCCGCCUUUCUCUUUCGGGCCUCCCUGCCCGGCCUCCCCGUCCCCUUCCUCUGCCUCCACCUCUCUGGGCCUUCACUUGCCUUCCCAACCUCUCCCCUGGCCUCCACCUGUUCCGCAUUCCCCCACCUCCCUGCCUCCCUCCUCCUGGCCUUCAGGUUCUCCAGCCGGGCCCUACACCGAGCUCCACAGGAAGUCGCUGGCGUUCCUCUCACCGAGGGUCCAGGCUGAGGGUGAAACCGCUUCUCUGUUGACGCCGCCUGGCCUGCCGAACUGAGUCAGACGCUUCUGGACCUAGGCUCGGUACAUGUCCCAGAGCAAGCACGCAGAGGCCCGGGAGCUCAUGUACUCGGGAGCCCUGCUGUUCUUCAGCCAUGGCCAGCAAAACAGCGCAGCAGACUUGUCCAUGCUUGUCCUGGAGUCCCUGGAGAAGGCAGAAGUGGAGGUGGCCGACGAGCUGCUGGAAAAUCUGGCUAAAGUAUUCAGUCUGAUGGACCCCAACUCUCCUGAGCGCGUGGCCUUUGUGUCCAGAGCCCUGAAGUGGUCCAGUGGAGGCUCCGGGAAGCUGGGCCACCCCCGGCUACACCAGCUGCUGGCCCUCACCCUGUGGAAAGAACAAAACUAUUGUGAGUCGCGGUAUCAUUUUCUGCACUCAGCGGACGGGGAGGGCUGUGCCAACAUGCUGGUGGAAUACUCCACGUCGCGCGGCUUCCGCAGCGAGGUGGACAUGUUCGUGGCCCAGGCCGUGCUGCAGUUUCUCUGUUUAAAAAACAAAAGUAGCGCAUCGGUGGUCUUCACGACGUACACCCAGAAGCACCCGUCCAUCGAGGACGGGCCUCCGUUUGUGGAGCCGCUGCUCAACUUCAUCUGGUUCCUGCUGCUGGCUGUGGACGGUGGGAAGCUAACGGUGUUCACUGUGCUGUGUGAGCAGUACCAGCCAUCCCUCCGGCGUGACCCGAUGUACAACGAGUACCUCGACCGCAUAGGACAGCUGUUUUUCGGCGUCCCGCCCAAGCAGACGUCUUCGUACGGAGGCCUGCUCGGGAACCUUCUGAGCAGCCUGAUGGGCUCCUCAGAGCAGGAGGAGGGAGAGGAGAGCCCCAGCGACGGCAGCCCGAUCGAGCUGGACUGAAGCGUCCGGGACACGUGGAGACACCACGGUUGACGACGGCUCAAGGGACGUUUCAGAGGCGAGUCCUGGGUGGCUCCUCGCCUGGGGGCUCCCGGCCCUGAGGCUGGCGGUGGCCGUGUGCCGGCGCGUGUCUGUUUCUGUGCGGUGGCUCAGGGUGGCGCGGCUGCGGGUUGCUGUGCUGCUGGGGCCCGGGAGCGGGGCCUCGCCCCUGCUGGCCGCCACGUCCCCCGAGAUUGACCACAAUAAAGCACAGGCCUUGCCGCGGCGUCACCCUCUCCCACUCCUUUGUUCUGGGUCCUUUCGGGAGGGCUGAUGGGCAGCACAGGAGGCCCGUCCUCAGCGGGGACUGGGCACAUCAUGCUCCUUGCCUGGCGUCCAGCAUAGCUGCAGUCACCAAAGCAGGCGCUGGCCCUCGGACAUGAGCGCCCAGCCGGGGCCCGUGUGGUCUGUAGAUGCGAGCGGCUGUUUUUGAGCACGGGGUCACCCUGCAGUCACGGUGAACUGGUCCCCGUCGCAGACGGAGCGCACGUGCCCGCGCCAUGUUCUCACACGGUGGAGGGGCGCGUGUGGCAGGACGGUGCCCGCGGGUACUUGCAGCUGUGUCCCAUGUGGCAUCCCGGAGCUGCGCCCUGCCGGUCUCUGUCAGCACCACGCUGCUGUGCUGGAAAUGCCGCUUUAAAAAGGGACACCAUGGGACUCUGCCCGUCUCUUUCAUAAUGCAAUAUUUAUUUGUAUUGGGUGAUUUUUUUGACCUGACAUUUUAGGUUUUAACCAAAUAACCGGUCCGGGAGUGAGCAGCUCCAUCCUCUGUCACAGAUGCUAUUCCAGAUGUUACCAAAACAAUGACAAAAGGGGAGACGCUCUAUUUUUUCACAGUUAAAUGACAGUUGUAGAUGGAUACACAGUUGUGCAUGGGAAGGGGAAACGCACAGCUUUAUUUACUGUAAAGUGAAAUUUAAGGAAGGUUUGUGUGAACCGUUGCGCAUAAAUAAACCCUUUCUACCGGGC